AUGAAGAUUCACUCCGGAGUGAAGCCGUUCUCCUGCCAACACUGUGGAGUGAGCUUCGCUAAAAAAGGAAACCUUAAAGAACACCUGAAGAUUCACUCUGGAGUGAAGCCGUUCAUCUGCCUGCACUGUGGGAAGAGUUUCAUUAAAAAAGGCACCCUUAAUCAACACCUUACCAUUCAUUCAGAGAAGCCGUUCACUUGUGAUCAGUGUGGAAAGAUUUACAAAUAUGAAGAAAGCCUCAAGUCCCACAUGAAGAAGAAGGCUUUCACCUGCCAGCUGUGUGGAGAUAGCUUCUUACAAAACGGAAAUCUGAAGUCCCACAUGAGGAUUCACACCGAGAGAAAGCGAUCGGUGUGGAAAGAGUUUCAGACGUGA